AUGGAAGUGAAGGACCUUGAUCACGAUUGCUUCCUAGUUAAUUUGGAUAAUGAACAGGACUAUUACCGCGCCCUCACAGAUGGCCCUUGGGUUAUCUACGAUCACUACCUGGUGGUCCAACAAUGGUCCCCCCGGUUCAAGGCAUCGGACCCGCUUCCGAAGACGAUGAUAGUCUGGGUGCAACUUCCUGCUCUGAAAAUUCAUUUCUAUCAUAGAGAGAUCCUGACCAGCCUGGGGAACCUUAUUGGAAGAACAAUCAAGCUUGACUACCACACCCUCACCCAACAGCGUGCAAAAUUCGCUCGACUAGCGGUCGAGGUCGACUUGACAAAACACCUGGUGCCCCGGAUUUGGUUGGACGAUGAAUGGCAGAAAGUGGAAUACGAGAAUCUACCAUAG